AUCCCGGCAGCCGGGGCGCGGCGGGGCCGCUCCGGGCAGGCGCCUGAGGCGGGGGCGGCGGGCGAGCGGGGCCCGGCGCCGGUCCGCGCCCGGCGGCGGCGGCGGCUCAGUGCGCAGGCACGGCGCGGGAGCGAGCGGCGCUCCGGGCCCUACAUAAUACGUGGUGUCUGGGGCCGCCGCGGCGCAGAGCGGAGAUGGGACCGGGGCGGGAGGGCCGCAGCUAGCGCCGCCGUCAAGGGGGCUCGCCGCCCGAGGGCAGCGGCAGGAGGGACAGGUAGGAAGGAUGAGCUCCUAUGCUGACAUCUGCGGGUCCAAGCAUGCACAGGGCAGCACCGAGGGAGGAUACCAACGCUAUGGAGUUCGGUCCUACCUGCAUCAGUUUUAUGAGGACUGCACAGCUUCAAUUUGGGAGUAUGAGGAUGAUUUUCAGAUUCAGAGAUCGCCUAGCAGGUGGAGCUCUGUAUUCUGGAAGGUCGGACUCAUCUCUGGGACGGCUUUUAUGCUGAUAGGUGUAACGGUUCUUGUAGUGGGUUUCCUUGUGCCACCGAAAAUCGAGGCUCUUGGGAAAGAUGAUUUUGUUGUUGUGGAUACCCAUGCCAUUCAGUUUAAUGGGUCCCUUGAUAUAUGUAAGUUGGCAGGAGCAAUCUUGUUUUGUGUUGGAGGGUCCACCGUGGCAGCAUGUCUGCUGAUGUCUGCUUUUGCUAAAAGUUACUCCAAAGAAGAGAAGUACCUCCAGCAAAGAUUUAAAGAGAGAAUAGCUGAUAUAAAAGCCCAGGCAAACCCAGUCACAAAAGCGCCAGCACCAGGAGAAUCAAAGAUACCUGUCACUUUGUCCAGAGUUCAAAAUGUCCAACCUUUAUCUGAAACCUGACCCUUUCCUUAUGUUUUGUUUCUCACUUGUAGAUCACUUUAACUGGAAAAUACCAGCCUUGUUGGCAUCAGUGCUAGUCAAUGACAACACCCAGUGCUCUGCUAUAUAAACGUGCAGCUAAUGGGGAAGCUGCUACAGUAAAAAUUUAGGAUUGGGAAAAAGAAAAUUAUAUGAUUAGACCUGUGACCAAUAUAUCAGUAUAUUUGAAUGUUUUAGUCUGUGUGGAACCAGUAAGUUCUUGCAACAAUGAUUAGGUGUUUGGCUUAUCAGAUUGCUUCCCUGGAAAACCUAGGGUGCAUUUACGACAACUGUACCAGGAACACCGUACAUCCCACUAUUAAAGUUUAGAUGAGUUGGCUUUUUGUUUAAUUUUCUUCUUGCUUUUAAAAUACUGUUUAAUCUUAGUUUUCCUGCCUGGUUCUGCUGUCUGGGAAACCAAGAUUCUGCCCUUGUAAUUUGCACUUGUCCUCCUGUCACAUGCUACAUACAGUCUGUAUCAAAGUAAUACUGCACAGGUAAAACAUACUCACAUAGUGAGUACCCUUAAUUUGAUCCUGGCACGUGUCACUUCCCAGCAAUGUUACUUUCUAGGAAAGGCAAGUUGUAUUUGAUCCUGAGUUGCAAUUAACCUGUGCUAAGGUGCCACUUUUGUCUUAGUCAUUGCUGUAUUAAGAAAAACUACAAAAUAAAGAGAAGGAAUUCAUAUGGGAGGAGGAACAUCAUACUUGUAUGUCUUUGGCUUGAUAUUGUUUCUUUCAUCAUAUCGUAUUAUGUUUGAGGCUCAUACAAAAUGUUUUAGUUUUGGCUGGGUGUGGGUUAAUAAAUGUGAUUUGUAAUAAAUGCCCAGGCCCUGUAUUCUGUCAGUAUGUUGAUGUCAUAUUAGAUGACCUUAACUUACAUGUCUAAAGACAUUUUGAAAUGCUGUUUAUAUUUUUAUAGAGGAUAGAAAAACUUAUGCUUAAUCAGAUACAUUUGUGUAAAUGCUUACCUAAAGACUUGUCAUUUCAUGGAAGACCCCUAAUUAUUUUCCCACCCAGGGCAAUUAUUUCACUGUCUUAAUCUAUGGAUUUAAAUUAAACUAUAUAAAGAAAGAUGUGACAUUUGUACUCUCUGACAAUAUGUGCCACCUUAUAGUUCUGUCUAUUUUUUGAAUGGAUUGAAUAAAAUUCUAGGCGUGAGCCAACCAUGGA